AAAAAGCAGGAAAAAAAGAUGAAGAUUGGCAACAGUUGUUAGCUCAGGUGCCAGUCUUAAAAAAAAAAAAGCUUUUGUGAUGAAGGCAAAUAUGUACACACGUACAUCCUAAACACACAAGGGCGGCUCUAUCUUAGGGCAAACUUGCUAGCUAUGAAAGGAUUUAGGUAUAUAUAAAAUGCGAUAAAAUAUUUUGCGUAGAAGAGAUGAGCAAAGUCUACCCCUUUGUAAAUGUGCAUUACCAAGUCUUUAGGACCAGUCGGAAUUUGGCAAUGUCCUGGCCAUAGUUACAAGUGCUUAAAAAGGCCUUGGUUAAGCCAGCUAUCAUAACUUGACAUCUAAACUAUAGUGAUUGUUAUCUAAUGAAUGUCUAACUGUGAAUGACCAAUAAUAAAAUAAGAUAAUUAAUUGUAAGUAGUAAAAACUUUAUGCCCAUUAUAAUAAAUAAUAUAAAAUAAUAUUAUACCUGUUGUGAAAAUGUCCGCAGUUUGUAGAGAAGGUAAUGAGGGCUGAGCAUUUUCUAUGCAAAUAAUAGAGAAAUGGAAACUUUUGCAAGAAUAUAGUUCCUGUCCUAUGUGGUUUUCUCCUAGAGGCUUCCCAGCUUUAAAACUCCUUCUUGGUGACAUAAUAUUAGGUUCAAAAGAAGGGAGAAGUUAUGGAAAUUCUGAGUUUGAGGUUCUAGUGAAUUUAGGAAAGUUCAUUGGGUUGAAGUAGAACUUCAAAAACUAUGGGAAUCAAGUAGUAUGUUAGGUAAUGGGGUUACAGAUCAUUACAGAAAUAUAUAAGAAUAAUUUCAAGUAGAAAAAUGAACAAAGGAAGUUGCUUUUGAGGGCCUAGAACUUACAUACCUAAGUGGAAUUUGCUUUAGGUCUGAAAAUGAGGGGAAAUCCCUUCUUUUGACAAUUCAUCGAUAAUGUUAAAUUGCAUUCUUCUGCCCAUAAAAUGCAAACUGACUGUAUGGAAGCUGACAAGUGAAUUUUUUCCUAGACAUCAAAGUCUUUUAGGAAUUUUUGGCUGAUUUUCUUCUUUUGGUUUAGGAUGGUCACUUGAACUUUUUUCGGGGGAGGGGGCGGUGGAUGAGAUUCUCCUGUUCCAGUUUCCCUCCUAGCACAGAGGGUUAACUGGCCUCUUUAGGAAUGCAGUUGCUACUGCUUCCAUUCCCAUUUCCCUUGAUCUCAGCAUGGCUUUUGACACUGUCAACUGCACUAUCAUUUCAGAGUGCUUGAGGGAAUUUCCAUCCUUAAACACUCAAUUUUACAUCAAAAUAACCCUUGAAAAGCACAGUUUUGUAGGCAAAUAUUUUAUCUAAAUGGUUUUUUCAAGAAUACUGAAAAUUCCAUUUAGUUAAAACAAUAGCAUUAUCGAGGAAUGAUUAUUUGAAUUUAGCUUUGGAAGUGUUUUCCAUUUUAUCCAGCUACCAGGGGUGGUUUGGAAGGAGAUGUUUUGCCUCAAGUCUGUUGGGUUUGCCGUGAACAGAGAUGGCUGUGUGUAUGGGUAAGCACCUUCUGUCCUCCUGAAGUGAGCAACAUGGUGAGCCAGUAGAGCUUUGUUUUGAACUAGAACUUACCUGGCACUGUUGAGCUGUCGUGUCUUGUUGGCAUGAAAUUAGUUAUUUCUGUACCCAACACGGUGUUACUAUAUUAAUCUGUUAGGUAAUAUGGAUGAUGGAAUUUCUGAGCUAUCUGAUCAUUCUCCUGGUGAAUAUGCUCACAGACUGACUUUUUUCUUCUGAUAAGCUGGUUAAAGAGAGGUAUUUACAGCUAAAUCCUAGCUUUGAGCUCUAGGGCACCCCAACGUUUAAUUUCAAGGUUACGGUGUAAAUAGAGCUCUUAGUCUACGAUUAUUAGAAAACUGGUGCUAGCUUUUGUCCUUUAAAGUGUCCUUCCCUUGCACAUUAUGUUAAGCAUAUUAUUAAGACUUGCAACUGUUAUUUGACAAAUAUAACUACACUUACUCACCGUUUAUCCCUGUCUAGCGUAGAAGUUUGGAUUUUGCUUUAAAUGGCCUCUGGACUUGACAGCUCUUCUGCUCUCCUGGCUGUUCUCCCAAAAACCCUGUCUAAGCUCCAGCAAUCCUUGAAGUUAUAGGAGUAUGUGGAAAUGAGCAAACUUUACUCCCACACUGAACUCUGGCAUCCUAUUGUUGACCAUUCAGCAAACUGAGAGAUGGUGGUUGUGGUGUCUGUUUACAAGCAUUGAGAAAGGAGAAAUCCCGAGAUGCUGCUCGCUCCCGCCGGGGAAAAGAAAAUUUUGAGUUCUAUGAAUUGGCCAAGUUGUUGCCUCUUCCUGCAGCCAUCACUAGCCAGCUUGACAAGGCAUCCAUAAUUCGACUUACAAUUAGCUAUCUGAAAAUGAGGGACUUUGCUAACCAGGGGGACCCUCCGUGGAACUUGCGAAUGGAAGGCCCUCCCCCUAACACAUCAGUAAAAGGGAUACAAAUGUGGAAAUCUGAACUCUGCAUGAGAAAGACACCAUGUGAAGUUAUAGGUGCACAACGAAGGAGAAGCCCCAGUGCACUGGCCAUUGAAGUAUUUGAAGCACAUUUGGGAAGUCAUAUUUUGCAGGGGGAAGAUCAAGGGGAGAGUCUUGAUCCUCAUGAAUCAUCCUCAGGAGACAUCGUGCUUGAGUCUCUGGAUGGCUUUGUAUUUGCACUAAACCAAGAAGGAAAAUUUUUGUACAUUUCCGAAACAGUUUCCAUCUACCUAGGCCUCUCGCAAGUGGAGCUGACAGGCAGCAGUGUCUUUGACUAUGUCCACCCUGGGGACCACGUGGAGAUGGCAGAGCAGCUGGGCAUGAAGCUCCCGCCUGGGCGGGGUCUCCUCUCACAAGGAACCGCUGAGGACGGAGCCAGCUCAGCAUCUUCCUCCUCCCAGUCCGAGACACCCGAGCCAGUGGAGUCGACCAGCCCCAGUCUGCUAACCACUGACAACACCCUUGAGCGUUCCUUUUUCAUCCGAAUGAAAUCUACUCUGACCAAACGCGGUGUGCACAUCAAAUCAUCAGGAUAUAAGGUGAUUCACAUAACAGGCCGGCUACGACUGAGGGUGUCGCUGUCCCACGGGAGGACCGUCCCCAGCCAAAUCAUGGGUCUCGUGGUUGUGGCUCACGCCUUGCCUCCCCCUACGAUCAAUGAAGUCAGAAUUGACUGCCAUAUGUUCGUCACUCGAGUAAAUAUGGACCUCAAUAUCAUUUACUGUGAAAAUAGGAUUAGUGAUUAUAUGGAUCUGACCCCUGUAGACAUUGUAGGGAAGAGAUGCUACCACUUCAUCCACGCCGAAGACGUCGAGGGCAUCAGGCACAGUCACCUGGACUUGCUGAAUAAGGGCCAGUGUGUAACGAAGUACUACCGUUGGAUGCAGAAGAACGGAGGAUAUAUUUGGAUACAGUCCAGCGCCACCAUAGCUAUUAAUGCCAAGAAUGCCAACGAGAAGAAUAUCAUCUGGGUGAAUUAUCUUCUUAGCAAUCCCGAGUACAAGGACACACCCAUGGACAUCGCGCAGCUCCCCCACCUGCCAGAGAAAACGUCGGAAUCCUCGGAGACAUCCGACUCCGAAUCCGACUCUAAAGACACCUCAGGUAUUACAGAGGACAACGAGAACUCCAAGUCGGACGAGAAGGGGAACCAGUCUGAGAACAGCGAAGACCCGGAGCCCGACCGGAAGAAGUCGGGCAGCACGUGCGACAACGACAUGAACUGCAACGACGAGGGCCACAGCUCCAGCAACCCCGACAGCCGCGACAGCGACGACAGCUUCGAGCACUCGGACUUUGAGAACCCCAAGGCGGGCGAGGACGGCUUCGGCGCGCUGGGCCCCAUGCAGAUCAAGGUGGAGCGCUACGUGGAGAGCGAGUCGGACCUGCGGCUGCAGAACUGCGAGUCGCUCACGUCGGACAGCGCCAAGGACUCGGACAGCGCGGCCGAGGCGGGCGCGCAGGCCUCCAGCAAGCACCAGAAGCGCAAGAAGCGGCGGAAACGGCAGAAGGGCGGCAGCGCCAGCCGCCGGCGCCUGUCCAGCGCGUCGAGCCCCGGCGGCCUGGACGCGGGCCUGGUGGAGCCCCCGCGGCUGCUGUCCUCCCCCAACAGUGCCUCGGUGCUCAAGAUCAAGACGGAGAUCUCGGAACCCAUCAACUUCGACAACGACAGCAGCAUCUGGAACUACCCGCCCAACCGGGAGAUCUCCAGGAACGAGUCUCCCUACAGCAUGACCAAGCCCCCCAGCUCCGAGCACUUCCCGUCCCCGCAGGGCGGCGGCGGCAGCAGCGGCGGUGGCGGCGGCGGCGGCGGGGGGCUGCACGUGGCCAUCCCCGACUCGGUCCUCACCCCGCCAGGCGCCGAUGGCGCCGCCGCCCGCAAGACUCAGUUCAGCGCCUCGGCCACCGCGGCCCUGGCCCCCGUCGCCUCCGACCCGCUGUCGCCCCCGCUCUCGGCGUCCCCGCGGGACAAGCACCCCGGGAGCGGCGGCGGCGGCAGCAGCGGCCCCAGCGCGUCCAACUCCUUGCUGUACACUGGGGACCUGGAGGCGCUGCAGAGGUUGCAGGCGGGCAACGUCGUGCUCCCCCUGGUGCACAGGGUGACCGGGACCCUGGCGGCCACCAGCACGGCCGCGCAGAGGGUCUACACCACGGGCACCAUCCGCUACGCGCCCGCCGAGGUGACCCUGGCCAUGCAGGGCAACCUGCUGCCCAACGCGCACGCUGUUAACUUCGUGGACGUUAACAGCCCCGGCUUCGGCCUCGACCCCAAGACGCCCAUGGAGAUGCUCUACCACCACGUGCACCGGCUCAACAUGUCGGGACCGUUCGGCGGCGCCGUGAGCGCCGCCAGCCUGACGCAGAUGCCCGCCGGCAACGUGUUCACCACGGCCGAGGGACUCUUCUCCACGCUGCCCUUCCCCGUCUACAGCAACGGCAUCCACGCGGCACAGACUCUGGAGCGCAAGGAGGACUGAGCGCCCCCAGCGCGGGGCGGGUUCCGCUCGCGGGAGGCAUCGUCGGCGUUUUCGUUUAGACCUUUAAUUCUAGCACUUUGAAUUCGAGCAGGUCAGCGUCUUCUCUCCACACGGCGGUCCCCAUUCCAUCCCCUCUUUCUUUAACUUGACUUAUUCUUUCCUGUAAAGAUGUUUAUUUUUUGCCUUCAGAGGGUCAGAUGACCAAGUUGCCUGCCAUUUUGUCUUCUUCUGAGAUGUGUGUUGGGUUGUUUUGCUUUCCUUUGCAUCUUUAUUAAGAUGUCUUUAAUGUGUAUAUGCCUCUGCCAUAGAAUACUCAGUCUUGUGGUCAACAGAUUGCUCAAGUGACAACCAUUGGGUUUUCUUCAUAAAGAUCUUGAUGUGAUCAAGAUUGAAAGAGACAAGCAUAAACAAUGUGCCCUGUUUGACUAAGUCAAAUGAAAUGGGGUGGUUUUUUGUUUUUGUUCCUAAUUCCUUUAAAAAUAGGGGGAUAGUAUUUUAGAAUUUUAUGCAGAAUUUAAUUCUCUUUUUAUGGUUAAGAUUUUAAGAUUUUCUUACUUGCACAUAAAAAUAAUUUGGGUUCUUAAACUUAAUUUCUGGCCUGUGACUAGAAUGUUUAAAAAAAAAAAAGUUGGACUAAAUGUUAAUUACUGAAACAUUAACUUAAUUUCUAAAACCAUGGUGCUAUCAUUUAUUAAUCUGUGUUGUCUUCAUACAAAAUGCAGCUCCUGGGCUGGGUUUUGGGGAAAAAAAUGUGUUCUGUCCUGGUCUGGAGUCCGUUGCUGCAGUCUCCUUGGUUAGUUAAGAGAAAGCCCUCAUUAACGUUUGCUGCAGGACUUAAAAUGUUUUACCUCCCAACUAACAAACAUAGCCUCACAUUAAAUUUAAUGGGUCAGUAAAGCCCUUUUUAAAGGGGCUUUUGGAAAACUCAAUCAAACUGAUCUGAGGAGCAGUUUAGGUACAUACUGCAUUUAGUUGAGCUUUUUUUUUUUUCCUUUUCUCAGUCUAACUGAGGCUAAUUUUUGCAACUUCAAUAACACUUCAGAGUAAAAGAAGGAAAAAAAUAUUUAACGUGUUUUUGAUUUUUUUCAUUUCUUGCUAAAAAAGGUUGUAUUUGGGGGACUGAUUUGAUUUGAUGGCGUUUUUUUUUUCCCUUUGGUUCUCUUACUUCUAGGUCGAAACCAGUAAGGUUUAAAACUAAAGAAUGGGUUAAUAAGCUUCAAACAGAUAACUGCAACAGAAAACCGCACAUUAAGUAAAAAAAAAAAAAAAGAAAAAGAAAAAGAAAAAAAUAUCCUAUUUUGUCUUUGUUGCCAGAAAUCAGUGUAGUGUCAGACACUCCAAAUGACUGUCAAGUAUAAAUUCUUCUUCCACUCCAUUUUUGGCAGCUGUUUGUUAAGGCAUCUAAUAACAGAUGUGAGAACUGUAAUGUGUGCAAUGUGUACGUGUCCUUGGCUGUCAGUCCCAUCGCAGUUUCCAUGUGUGUUUCUAUAUGCAGUAUAUACUAAGCUAAUGUAGUUGUUUUGUCUUUUGUCUUCUCUGUGCUCGAUCUCUAGUCCGGAGUGGUACAGUCCCAUUCCUGCAGUCCUAGUGAAUCAGUGAUUCUUGGGGGUUAGUGAUUUUUGUGUGGUGGCCUUCCUCUGUAAUGUCACCCUAUGCUGCUUCUACUGUCUGUGAAUCUUCCGUUUCACUUUUUAAAAUUCCUGCUGUUGCUUUGCUGGUGUAUAUUCUCCCGACCUCUCCUUUCUUUCCUGCCCCCUCUCGUCUCCCCUUUUCCCUCCUCAUCUCUCCCUCUCCCCUCUUCUCCAAAACCUUUUUCAUUCUCAGAGAUAAAAAGACUCUUAACUAGCUCAAGGUUAAUGGAGCCAUUUUUCCCACAAUGGAAUUCUGGGUAUGACUCUUUCUUCUGGAGUGCGACACAAGCACUGAAGAAUAACGCUCAGAUCUAUUCAAUAAAUUGAUGCCAUAUAGCCUCAGUGGUUCACAUUCCCAGAGUCCCUUGUGCUCUACCUAAAAGCAGUGGGUGCUUUUCUUUGGUUUCCUUCCAGGUUGGCUGAUGGAGCAAUAUAUAAAGCAAUUACCAGUGAGACAGAAAAUUAUUUCAAAGGCCAACCGACAUUUUUUAAAAACAAAAGGGGAGGGGGUAAUGGAAUAUAGAAUUGUCGUAUAUUAUUUGUGUAUGCGUGCAAUGCUAAUCUAGUAACUCGGCUGUCCUUUGAACAUCACUGUGUUGAGUGGAUUCCUCUACGACCUUUGAUUCCAUGAGUUGGACCCAAACCACCGUGGAAUACUAACGAAAAGAAGAGAAAUGCCACAAAUGGUAAUAGUGAGCUUACUUGAAGGAUUUCAGUAGGUUUAGAAGGUGAAGAAGGCCAAUCAAGAAAUUUAAAGAUUAAUUUUGGAAGCUCUACUCUAGCUAUCGAACAAUCAAAGGAAUGCACCUAUCAGCUGCAAAGAACAGCUAGACAGCUGGUUUUUUUUUUCUUUUAUAAAUGUUUCUGUGUUGUGUCAAAAUGAUUUCUGGUGAUUUAAACUAACAGAUAAUCACAGCUGCUGUCUAAAUCCAUAGUGUUUAAAAUUACAAAAUGAAAAAAAAAACACUUCAUUACCUGUGAAGACUGUGUCUGUGUUUUUAACUAUUUCUUGUACAAAUAUAUGAAAACUUUUAUGAGGAGACUGGUGCCAAGUAGCUGAAUAAUGGGGAAAGGGAUAUUCUGUUCGUAAAAAUCUUAGCAGUGUUACCAACUCUACAGUAUAUAUAUAAAAAAAAUUAAAACGUUACAAAGCGACAGCUAUGGUACAUUUGUUUUGUGUGAAGCUAACCGGACCUAACUUCCUGAGUGCCUGGCUUAUUUUGAAACAUUUUUUUCAUUGACCAUUGAUAAUGCUGCAAAUCAGAAAUGUACAUACUUCAUUUACAACAGGGUUCUUUUUAUACUUUUGUAGAUUCUCAUACAUGUCACAUACAUGGUUGUCUUUAUGUAACUUAAUUUUUUCAUCUGCAGGUGCCAUUUUCAUAAUAAACUUCUCUUGGAUUUGUUA